UCAUCGUCUGCCUACUGCUUUUAAAACGUUUUCUGUGCUUGUUCGAACCUAAAGCUUCAAGUUAAAUUUAAGAAAACUAAGUAGAUAUAAAGUAUGAUGAAAGACAGAGUUAUUUGUUUACCAAAUGAUAACCAAUUGAAACAAAUUAAGGAGGAAUUGGGCGAGACUAGCGAAAGACUCAAAAAUCGUAUUCAAUUAAUUAACGAAUGGUUAAAAUAUCAAAAUCAUUUACCAAACGAAAUUAAUGAAAAACUACUUGAAAAUUUUAUUCGUUUAUGCAAAUUCGACAUCGGAAAAAUCAAGAAAAAAUUAGACCUCUAUUUUAUUUCGAGAGAAAAGUUUAAACUGUUUUAUGAAAAUCGCGAAAUGCCAAGAGAAUAUUUACAAAAAUUUUAUAUUUCAAAAUUUAUGUGUUAUUUGCCAAGCUUAACGGAAAACGGAAUUGGUUACAGAAUGGUUUUAGUUCAGUCCAAAGAUAUUGAAGAUUUAAAUUUUAAUUCAGUUUUAAAAUACGGAACGAUUUUAUUCGACUAUUUAUUACACGAAGAUUUAAGUUCUGGCGUGGUAAUAAUCUACGAUUUUAAAAACGUAACCGCUUCCUUAAUGGCUAAAGUAGACUUAAUUGCUAUGCAUAAUUACAUUAAAAUGUACGUUGAUGUUUUACCAUUUCGGAUGAGAAGCAUUCAUAUCUUAAAUCUCCACCCAAUAGCAAUGCCAGCGGUCACUAUUUUAAAAGCGAUUUUAGCUCAAAAAUUAAAAGAAAGACUUAUGGUACACAAGAAUUUUGAAGAUUUCUACAAAGAAAUCCCUAAAAAUCUCCUUCCGGUUGAAAUAGGAGGUACAAAUAGCACGCUGGAGGAAUUAUCGGCAAAUUGGGAGAUUUUGAUCACCGAAAACUCGAAAUUAAAGACAAAAUUGGAAGCAAUUAAGUUAUGUGGGGUCGUUCCAAAUCAAGAAGACUAUUUCAAAUCGUACGAGUACGGUAUUGAUGGUAGCUUCCGACAAUUAGAAAUUGAUUAAGAACAGAAAUGUAUAGUAAAAACUGAAAUUUUGAUUUAUUUAAUACUUGUUAGUGUGUUGUCAUUUUUUUUGAUUAUAUUAUAUUAAAAACGUUUAAGACAAGAUAAUAAAAUGAUCUCUCCCUCAAA